AUGGGGAAACAGGCGCCGAAAAUGUCAGCCAGAGUGGUCAAUGCCAUUAGAAAUCUACGAGAGGCUCACGGUUCCACGUCGAAGGAGAUCAUGAAUUACAUCAUGUCACAGUGCAACGUCCCCGAGACGACCGUGCAGAGACAGAUGCAAGCAGCGUUAAAACGUGGGUUGGAUUGCGGUAUCCUGAAGAAGACGCAGGGCCACUACUUCUUGAACACGGAAGUCGAGCCGCAGCUCACGUCGAACCUGACGCCAACCGAAAGGUACGGAAGACGAAGAAGCAGACGACGACGAAGCAGCAGACGACGUAGUAGACGCCGAGGACGUCGACGUAGCAGAGGCAGACGUAGAAGUCGUCGUAGUCGUCGUCGCUCAAGACGAAGAAGACGUGGCGCCACUAUGAGAGCCAGGCGAAUUGGUUGCACCAGAUGCAGGUGUACCAAGAGAACCAGGAACGUGGACGUUCUGAGGAACAAUCCAGUGGAGCCACAAGAGCCAGAUAACGUGUGCAUGUGCGAGAAGGAGAGCAACGAGGAGAACCGAAGCAGGCAGAGCAGAAGUCGUGAUCAUAGUCUGAGUCGUAGUCGAUCAUCGGCAAACAGCGAUCGAGAUGGCGCCAUAACCGAUCGACGACCGAUCCAUGAUCAAGAUUAAUCGAUCAGGAAAGUCGGUUCAUACACUACGUGCGUGUGUGCAUCGUUAACGGUGACAAUCUCUCGGCGCGUUGUCAGACAACACUCGGCUUGUCGAUCGACAUCCCCGUGAUGAUCGACGCCGAAUGAAACCGCUCGCGUCUCGGAGCGUCACCUGUCGUUCAUCACCUCUGUCUAAAUUGUGUAGCUCACUGAUCGCAUUACUAGAUCUAUUGCUCGUGUCAAUCAUUCUAUCAAGUAAUAAGUGUACUUUGAUUCAGUUUCGUCGUGUAACGUUCGAACGAAUAAAUGGACACUAUGUAUCAAUAGAUGUAGUUUUAUUGCUCUAUCUUUAGACAAUGAAAACUUCGUUUAUCCGAACUUGAUAGGGAUGAACAAUAAGUACAUGACAAUUGGAUAAUAAAAGAUUAUACAACGCAAGUUUACGUUCAGAUACGAGGAUUGUAUACUGAUAACAUGGGUAAUCUUUUACAGCUUUGUUAGUGAAAAUACCACAAAAUCCUUCCUGGAUCCUCUGA